AAAUUUUAAAAAUAAUUUAUGUCAUUUUAUGUUAUCUCAACCGAUAUAAGUUACUACCCAACGCUACUCUAGGCGCUCGUCUUGUCUGCAGCAAAUACGCAUUAUUUGAAACCCUAAUUUUAUCUCCCUCGAUUUCUUUCUUUUUUCCCGAGAAACAAACACUCCUUUUUGAUCUCCAACCUCUUCCAAUUUCAACGAAGCCUAUAAAAUCAUAUCGUCUUCUCACAGUAUUUUUACGUAAAUCUCGUCUUUAACGUCUCGAUUUCCGUUUUUUGAAAAGUUUACUAAAUUUUAUUUGUAUAUUUAUCGAUUCGACUUUGUUUUUUGUUAUUUGAUUUUGGGGAAAUGGUGGGAGGAGGCAGCAGGCGAGACGAAGGAUCGUUGGUGAUCAACAACACUAACGUGUUUGCGGCUCUCGAAACUCUCCGGAAGAAGAAGAAAUCUGACAAGGACCGAGCUUCUUCUCGAAAGUCUUCUUCCAAGUCUCAGAAACAGCAACUGCCUCAAAAGGAACCCGAGCCGCAGGUGUUUUGGGCUCCGGCACCGCUCACUGUCAAGUCGUGGGCUGAUGUCGAUGACGAUGAUGAUUAUUAUGCUACAACCGCUCCUCCUCAGCCUGUUUGGGGGUCCUCGGAGCCGUCUCAGAGUCAUGAAGACAAGACUGCCAAUGUAGAGGAUAGUGAGAGCGAAGAAGAUAUUUUAGACGAAGGUGAUGAUGAUAUGGAGGAAGAUCAUGACAAUGAACCUGAGGUUCAAGUACAUCCAGAGCCUGUGCCAAAAAAGGCUCCUGAAGUUCCUGCACCACCCAAGGAGGCAGAAAGACAACUUUCAAAGAAAGAGAGGAAGAAAAAGGAACUUGCAGACCUGGAGGCUCUUCUUGCUGAUUUUGGAGUUACACAGAAGGAGAGCAAUGGCCAGGAUGAGUCGAGCCAUGUUGCACAGGAAAAGAAAGAUGGAGAGGAAGAAAAGAAGGAAAAUCUUCCAGGAGAGUCUAAAAGUGCCAAGAAGAAGAAAAAGAAGGAUAAAUCAAAGGAGGGAAAAGAAUCACAGGAUCAGCCUAUUAGUACAGACGCCACCAAUGGACCAGAUGAAGCUGCUGGGACUGAGCAGGCUGAGGAGGAUGCAUCAGCUGUCGAUGUGAAAGAGUGGUUAAAGAAGAUGGCGUCUAUGAAGAAGAAGAAAUCUAGUAAAGAGAUGGAUGCUGCUGCAAAAGCUGCCGCACAAGAGGCUGCUGCAAGGAGUGCAAGGCUUGCUGCUGCAAAAAAGAAAGAGAAGAACCAUUACAACCAGCAGCCAGUGCGGUAAAGGCACCUUCUUGUUCGACAUAUAUACAUAUUCAGGUAACAAUGCGAAAUCGACGGUGGGUUUUGCUUCCUUGGAAAAGAUGACCUUUUAGUUGUAUCUGAAUGGACUCAAAUGAGAGUUUUUUUUUUUUUUUUUUUUUUUAGC